AUGUCUGAAUUAGAUAUUCCUAAAAACACCCUUAUUCAUGAAGAACUAAACUAUGACAGAGAUAUUCUACUGACAGAGGCAGAGGAUUUGAAGAACGGAUUAAACACAAAACAGGCAUUGGCAUUUAACGAGAUUUCAAGGUCAGUAGAACAGAAUGAUGGUCGUCUGUUUUUUGUCUAUGGAAGUGGUGGAAUAGGUAAGACAUACCUCUGGAGAACCCUUAUUGCUUCCCUUCGGUCACAGGGUAAAAUUGUUCUAGCAGUUGCUUCUUCUGGAAUAGCAUCACUGCUAUUACCAGGUGGUCGUACACCUCAUUCAAGGUUCAAGAUUCCAUUGAAGCUGAAUGAAACAUCCUGCUGCAAUCUAUUUAAAAAAACAGAUCUAGCUGAGUUAUUGUGCAAAGUAUAUUUGAUUAUAUGGGAUGAAGCACCAAUGAUGCACAUGAAUGCACUUGAAGCAGUUCAAAGAGCUCUUGCUGAUUUAAUGAUGGAAGAGAACAACGAUAAGAAGUUAUUAUUCGGGAAAAAAACACUGGUGUUAGAGGGUGAUUUCCGACAAAUUCUACCAGUUAUUGAGGAAGGAACAAGAGAAGACAUAGUAAAUGCUUCUAUUAGCAAAUCAAAAUUUUGGAAAUACUUCAUUGUUUUCGAACUUACAGAGAAUAUGAGAUUAUCCACCGGAGAUACAUCCCAGGAAAAAAAGGAUGAAAUGGAGGAAUUCGCAAAAUGGAUUCUUGAUGUUGGAAAUGGUAAAGCACCGGCAAUCAGUUUGGAUGAAUUCGAACACAAAGAUUGGAUACAGAUACCAUCAGAUUUACUGAUUGACUGUAAAGAAAAUCACAUUCAUAUAAUAGUAGAGACCAUGUAUCCUGACUUUUUGAAAAGAAUGCUUGAAAAGGAGUACCUUGCUGAACGGAGUAUACUGGCGCCCACGAAUGAAUGUGUUCACAAGAUAAAUUCACAUGUCUUAUCAUCUGUGCCAGGUAAAUAA